CAAGCUCAACACCACGCUUUUUGUGUGUGUGUGUGUGCACUGCCAGCCCCAAGCUUUGCCACGCCGUCAUGUGUGGACUUCUAAUUUGCUGACGAGCGACUCUGUUCUCCUCUCUUCACUUGCAUGAGCCGACGAAACACACGCUCUCUCUCACACACACAUACCGUAUGCAUUGGGGACGGGAAAGAGCUCAAAUAACCGCCGAGGACUAUGAUUUCUGACGGGACUUGGUUCGAUUUAUCUCUGUAAACCUCGGUGUUUGAUUCUGGGAGUCUAGGUGGUGGUGUCCAUGGGUCCCGUCAUGCCCCCCAGUAAGAAGCCUGAGGUGUCUGGCAUCAGUGUAGCCAGCGCCAGCAUGUCCCACCUCUACCAGACCGGCUCGCUGUCCCGCGCCCUGCAGGAGGCUGAGGAACUUGACCUGGUCCUCCCUGUCCACCUGGCCCUCCCCUUGGCACCCCUCCCCGGUGGGGCCGCCAAACCAGAGAAAGGCACCGCCACCCCGGGUAUAGAGGACGAGGAGUUGACCAACCUCAACUGGCUCCACGAGAGCAAGAAUCUGCUCAACAGCUUCGGAGACCCCGUGCUGCGCAGCGUCAGCCCCGUGGGCGGCGAGGGGGGCGGUACCCGCGACGGGGACCAUGACGACACCCCGCCGUCGCCGUCGAUGGUGGGCGGGGACCUUCCAUACGACGCCCAGCGUAACCCCACCUGUAAGCCGCCCUAUUCAUUCAGCUGUCUGAUUUUCAUGGCGAUUGAGGACGCUCCGUCCAAGAGGCUACCCGUGAAGGAGAUAUACAACUGGAUCCUGGAACACUUCCCCUACUUCGCUAACGCUCCCACAGGCUGGAAGAACUCUGUCAGGCACAACCUGUCCCUCAAUAAGUGCUUCAAGAAGGUGGACAAGGACAGGAGCCAGAGCAUUGGGAAGGGGUCCUUGUGGUGUGUAGACCCUGAGUACAGGCAGAAUUUGAUUCAGGCUUUGAAAAAGACACCUUACCAUCCUCACACCCAGGUCUUCUCAACGCCACCCACCUCUCCUCAGGCAUAUCAGAGCAUGUCCAGUCCUCCUAUAUGGCCAGGGAGUCCCUUCUUCCGAAAAAAUGGAGGGGUCCUCCUGCAAGUCCCUCAGGGAGUGAUCCGGAACGGUGCCAGUAUGAUGAGUCAGGGCCUUUACCCAGGAAUACGACCACUGCCCAUCAAUCCCUUAGAGAGCAGGACAGCCGCAGUCAGAUCUGUGCUGUCCGGAGGCUGUCGGAAGCAUAGCAUCAGCCAUCCCGCCUGCGACUCCCCGUUGGUCAGCAGCGACCCCAAGGAGGACCACACCUACAGCACCAACCAAUCGGAUGACGGCAGCGACUACACCAGCGACUCCAGUCUCCGCAGCAACGGCCCCGUCGCCCGGGAUGUCGCCAACGAUUCAGACUUUGACGACGAGGAUGAUGAAGAUGACAAGAGCAAGAUUCAGCUGGAGAUCAAGAAGGAAGAGCCACGCGAUUGGCCCAUAGACACGAUAGACUCCACCCUUUCCAGCCAGCAGCACAACAAGAAGCGGCAUCACUUCCUGAAAGCCAAGCAGCGGAUGGGUGUGGCUAGUGAUACGCUCCCGCUGAAAAAGCGGCGCACGGAAAAGCCGCCAGAGAGCGACGACGAGGAGAUGAAGGAGGCGGCGGGUUCGCUGCUCCACCUGGCGGGCGUCCGCGCCUGCUUGAACAAUAUCACUAACAGAACCGCCAAGGGCCAGAAAGAGCAGAAAGAACCCACGAAAAACUGACCCAUGAGACUUGAGAGAGAAAGAGAGACUGAGAGAGUGAAGAUUUUCAAAGAAAAAAAAAGGAGAGCGAGAGAGAACGGAAAUACAAAACAUCACUUUUAAUAUAGAAAUGUGUGCUUUCUUUUUUUCAGGAUAUCAGGUGAAUUCUGAAUGAUUUGUGGCAAUAUAAAAAACAAUCACUUUGUUUUCCUGUAUUUAAAGUUACUGUUUAUAGGGUUGAUUUUCUUUCUUUUCUUUACGUUUUUUAAAAUUAUUUUUUAUUUGUUUAAAGGAGAUUAAAGCCAUAGAUGAACCUUUUUCUGAUAUUCAGCUAAGUUCGCAGGUUUCCGUUGGCUGAAAGUAAAGUGAGCGAGAGAAAAAAAAUAGCUUUUUGAAAAACUGCCCCAUCGUGGAUUGGCUUGGAUGUAUGAAUAGGGGAUCACCUUGUUAAUGUCAAAAUGUACCCAAUCUGCAGCUAUUGCCCUUUACAGUCUCAUCAGAUGCAGCUAACACUAAGUACAGUUCUACAGACUCAUAACUUGUUACUUCAGUAGAAUUUACAGGUAAAACAUUAUUAUGAGGUGCUUAUCACGGACUAUUUUGUUUUUACAGUGAUCUACAUCAUUCAAAUGAAAUAAAGUUAGUAUUCAGGGUCAGAUCUGCAUUGAUGUCUAUGGGCUGCAUAUUUCAGUUAGGAUGUGACCAUAUACAUAAAUGUCACAAUAACCAAGCACAAAUCCACAUGCUAUACUGGCUAAAGCAAUGUUUAUAUUAGUCAACUAUUCCACUGAAGUAACACAGGUAUAUGCUGACAUGGAUAGGAGUGCCACAGAUAAACAUAGUUUGGCAAACUAUCCCCUGUGUUGGGUACCAAACUUUCAAAAACAAUGGCAUUCUAAUUUGCCUUGGAACUUCCGGUGCUACAAAGGCGGCUAGAAAAAAAUAUAUAUAUAUAAAACCCAGUUUGCCAACUCUGUCUUGUCUGUGUGCAAGGAAGCUGCCACAGAAAAAAUGUUCCAGGAAAUUCCGGGGAAGUUGUUAGCUUUAGUGACUAUUAGCGUAGCCAUCCCCAUAGAAGAGACACUCAUCAGUAGCGUAGCCAACCCCAUAGAAGAGACACUCAUCAGUAGCGUAGCCAACCCCAUAGAAGAGACAC